UACUGCGAUCAUCGGCGUAUUUUACCUCUUAGGCGAAUACGUAUUUCGUUUCAUAUUUCUAACCGAGGAUUAUAAUGAAACCUUAAGGCAGCUUCCUAUAAGAAUACAAUUUCCCUUUGAAACUCAACAAUCGCCUACGUUUGAAAUUCUUGUUGUAGUAUUAUGUUUACAUGUAAUGUUACAUGUAUGCACAGUCGCUACUCUAAAUGGAUUGAUUUUUACUUUGGUGCUACACGCAAGCGGACAAAUUGAUAUAAUAUGUCAAGAGUUUAAAGAUAUUUCCAAAAAUCUACUUUAUGGAUCUUCCGUACCUUCAUUUGGAAUGCUGAUAGAGAGACACAACAAAAUCAUUUCAUUUUCCGAAAACAUCGAAGAGCUUCUCUCCUUUAUUGCAUUGAUGCAAGUUAUUUGGAAUACUUUAGUUAUUUGUUGUUUAGGAUUUGUCAUCAUAAUUUCUAUUCAUAAUGAAACUGGUGUUUUCAUGGUAAUGAAAACCGCUUGUGCUUACUUUGCUAUAAUGGCUGAGGCCUUUGUGAUUUGCUUUGCCGGAGAAUAUCUUAGCCUCAAGAGCAAAUUAAUUUCCUAUGCAACAUAUGAAACGUUAUGGUACGAUAUGCCAGCAAAUACGGGUAAAAUUAUAAUGUUCAUAAUAAUGAGAUCUCAGAGGCGAUUGACAAUCACGGCAGGGAAAAUGAUGGAUAUGUCAUUUGAAACUUUUACGAGUAUCAUGAAGACGACAGCAUCUUAUAUAUCCGUUUUGAAUGCUCUAUACUGA